UUUCCUUCGCCAAACUCAAUUUUCCGGGAAAGUGCGAAAAGGGAGAGAGAAAUUCCCACAUUGCAUCGGAGAGAAAAUGGUGAAGUCACCCGAGCAGGAACACCCACAGGAGGCUCUCGGCUGGGCUGCGAGGGACGAUUGCGGCCUUCUCUCUCCCUUCAAAUUCUCCCGCAGGGCGACGGGAGAAAAAGACGUGAAAUUCAAAGUGUUGUUCUGCGGGAUUUGCCACAGCGACCUCCACAGCACGAAGAAUGAGUGGGGAAUUUCAACUUAUCCUCUUGUUCCGGGGCACGAGAUCGUGGGCGAAGUUGUGGAGGUCGGAAGCAGGGUGGAGAAGUUUAAGGUGGGAGACAAAGUGGGAGUUGGUUGCUUGGUCGGAUCGUGCGGCUCCUGCGAUAGUUGCCACGACCAUCUCGAAAAUUACUGCCCCAAAAUGAUACUGACGUAUGGUAGCAUGCACCAGGACGGGACGAUGACCUACGGAGGAUUCUCCAACAUGAUGGUGGUUGAUGAGCACUUCGCCAUCAAGUUCCCGCAAAACAUGCCUCUCGACGCCGGUGCGCCUUUACUUUGUGCUGGGAUCACUGUUUACAGCCCAAUAAGGUUCUUCGGGCUUGACCGCCCGGGGACCCACUUGGGCGUGGUGGGUCUCGGCGGAUUGGGCCAUGUAGCAGUGAAGUUUGCGAAGGCCAUGGGGGUCAAGGUGACCGUGAUCAGCUCCUCUGCCAGAAAGGAGGAGGAAGCGCUCCAGUGUCUCGGUGCCGAUGCAUUCCUCGUCAGCAGCGACGCCAGUCAAUUUCAGGCUGCGAUGGGAACGAUGGAUGGUAUAAUCGACACUGUUUCGGCGGUGCACCCAACGUUGCCUUUGCUUGGUUUGCUCAAACAUAAUGGGAAACUUGUCUUCAUCGGCAUUCCUGAUCGGCCUCUCGAGUUACCUGUGUUUCCCAUGAUCUCUGGGAGGAAGAUUGUGACUGGGAGUUGCAUUGGUGGACUGAAGGAAACUCAGGAGAUGAUUGAUUUUGCUGCAAAGCACAACAUAACUGCUGAUAUCGAAGUCGUUCCGGUGGAUUAUUUGAACAUGGCAAUGGACCGCCUUGCCAAGGGCGAUGUCAAAUAUAGAUUUGUCAUAGAUAUUGGCAACACCUUGAAGGAAGCAUGAGGUUGCCAAAGAUUCUGAUUAGACUCCCCAUGAAGGUGUCAAGUAUAAACUUUGGUGUCAAAAUAAACUUUGACCGGACGAUUUUGUGGUCGAA